AUGGCGGGGGCGAAGCGUAACUCUCUUCAGCUGAGCAGCGGCAGCGGCAUCUUUGAAGGUUUUCCAUUGACUGUAAAUAACGACCUCAAUGGCCUGCCCGCCUUUGGCGUAGCAAUGACGACUAUGGAAUUUACUCGAGCCCUUAUUGAAGCUCUCAAUGUAUCAUCCGGUUCACAAAGGUACGCGAAUACCCCGAUUCAGCACUCUCUAAAGAUGAGGAAUCGGACUGUGCACAUCACUAAUCAACCAUCCAUCGCGAUUCGAUUCCAAACACCAUUCAACCGGUCUCAGACAGAUUCCAAAUUCCUCAACCUCAUCUCCAGACCCACUCAACCAACUCACCAUCAACCUCGGCCUCGGCCCCCAACCACCACCCUGUCUUUCCUGCGCUCAUUCUUCAAGCGCGCCCCCAGCCCCGCCACUAUGUCCGCCACCAAGACCAAAGUCCAAGGCAUCAUCGACGAAAACCCCGUCGCCGUAUUCAGCAAAAGCUUCUGCCCCUUCUGCAAGGCUACGAAACAACUUUUAUCUGAGAACGGCGUGAAGUUUUACGCCAUUGAACUGGAUCAGGUCGAUGAUGGAUCCGCCAUCCAAUCCACCCUCGCCGAGCUAACCGGCCAAACCACCGUCCCCAACAUCUUCAUCAACAAGCAGCACAUAGGCGGAAACUCGGAUCUCCAAGCCAGGAAAGGCGAGCUCCCGCAGCUCUUGGCGAAUGCUGCUUCUUAAACCCACAGCACUCCUAUCACCUGUUCGUCGCUACAUGUUUCGGUCUGGCUAGGAUGCGGAGAAAUAUGGAGAGAUGGGGGGGGGUCUUUUGGUAUGGAACAUGUUCGUUGGGUAGGGUGCCCAUGGGUAGAGUAGAGCUAGAAAAAUUAUACCGAAGAACACACAUACACACAUAUACACAAUCCGACGGCUCACUGACGUUUCUG